UUUUAAAUAGUAUAAACACUUUAGAUAAAGAAGUUCCUCUGAUGCACUGAAUGUAAAAAGUUCAAAUAUCCUUGAUGGCAAACGGCAAAAUGACAUACUACUGUAUAUAACUAAACCAAAAAGGCAGACGAUUAUUUUUAACAGUUAAAACAUUCACUGUAGCCUAUAGGUAUUGUCCAUACUUGAUGGUGUGAUGCUGAGUGACUCUUUCUUAGUGGCAGCUCUCAAACACUUUAAUCCACAUAAGCUCACGAUGCUUCUGCAAAUCCACCCAAUCUGUUGAGUGUCUAUACUUAACAACCCUCCUCAACUAAUCUGGGUCAGUAUGGUACAGUCAAGCUACACUGUUGUUUUUGUGCAUAGGAAAAUGACCAUAACUGGAACUAAAAAGAAUCAUAUUGUUUUAAAAUGAGGAUGAAAGUGGACAAGAGCCUGAAUAAGUGAGAAGGUUUGACAAGUUCACUGAGGUGGUGGAACCCCAAGACCAAAUGAAGAGUGAGUGGAGCUGGCAUAUUACACUCAGCCACCAGUGGAGUUUGAUACAAGUGCAAACGGUUGCGGUCAGUACGGCUGGAGGGCAAUUCAGAUCCAUACUGCAGCAUCUGGCCUGAUGCUGAGCCAACAAGAACAAUGAUUCAUCUGAAGGCUGGUUGUAAUUCAGCCUUGACUUGCAGUGGCAUUGAUACGGUGCUGUACAACUUUAACUGUCAAAAGGACCUCUGGGAGAAUGAGUCUGAAGAGGAAGAGUCUGCUUUGGACCUGGUAGAGCUCCUUGAUGUAGAGGAUGAUGUCCAGGAUGAAGAGAGCUGGUUAUAUGAGUCUCCAAAGAAACAGGUGUUUGUGGACAACAACAAGUCUACUCUCAAAUGGUGUCGACAUGUUCUGGACAGCCCCACUCCUGAGAUGGAGGCGGCAUGCCGUGCACUGAUAAAUAGACUAGGUCAAAGAUCAAGCAGUCACUUCUACAGACAUCCUGCAAUCUUUCAUCACACUGACACUGUGGGCUCUUCUAUGGACAAGACAUCUGUCAAAACAAUGGAAAAUUCCUCUGACAGUUUAGAUAACAGUGAGAAGAGAUUCUCCCAUGACCACAUAACUACAAGCUACAGACUCCAGGACAUCACAGAUGUCCACAUUAUGGCUCAUACACAAGAAGCCAUUGAAAACACUGAUGACCUCACUCCAGGAAAUAAAACCGAGGCUUCAUCUUCCUGUUGGUGGCAGCUUGGCCUGUCAUCACUGAUCUCUUCCCCAUGCCCAUCACCAAUACCAAUACCUAAGCAGGACUGCCAAAGUCCUAAGCCGGCCAGACUCCACCAGCAACUCACCCAGUUCAAGCUGCUUAAAUUCGCGCAGAACCAAGGCAGGACCACGUCACCGCUGCCGACCAGCCUCCACUCCCUCCAGGCUGUUAGGAACAGCCAAAGUUUAGAAACCAACGACCGCCUUCCUGCCAAUCAACUCCUUUAUCCUCCAUCAGGUGCAUCACCUACCAGAAUGGGGUCGAGCUGUUGGUCUCUAUCACUUUCUCCUGCAACUAUGAACUCCGGUGGCUCGUUGCACUCAGUGAGAGACUCCACAGUCCGGAUGGCAGCCAUGAAGAGACUACAGAGGUGUCAAUCUCUCAGCCCCUGCAGGAUUCCUCAUGCUGCUAAGGGACACCUGUCUGUUCAUGGACGUGUUUUUGCCUCACCUGAGAGGUCGGCUACCUCAGCUUGGGCCAGAAAUGCACCAAUUGCUCAGUGA